UGUCGACUACACCAAUAUAAGCGUUUUGGCAUAAUGGUAUAGUGUUCAUGUUAUUCAUAUGAUUACAAGUACACCGUAAACAUUGUUCACAAUACUUCAUUGCUCAGAACAGUAUAUGAACGAGGAGACAUGGUAUAGACAUUAUGGGGAGCUUCAUAUCGGCAUUUUCGAGAAAGGAGGAAUCCGCAGAGUUGGUUCCUUUAAAACAGAGAGUGGAUGUUGUCGUUUGCAGUGGCAGCCUGUCGAACAGCGUCGAGGGGCUCACCCACCAUAUCAAACAAUACAUAAACGAUGUUGUUAGGACCGUAAGGUUCGAGACACUUCCCUACAACAUCAGUGAUAUGAACAGGUUUGAUCUGACCGGUAUAGAUGUUCUGCUACUCUGCCACUCCAUACACAACAGACGAUUCUCUAUUACUGAUGUCACUGACUCACUCUACGAUGGUUUCUUACAGCGCGCUAGGAAAACGCUCGGAAAAAGCAAGGUUGGAGUCAUCGCUUACGAUUUUCCAGAAGCUGACCUUUCACCUGAGAUCCUUCCAUCCAAGAUGGCGUCCUUCCGGUACAACCAACCUACCACGUUUGAAUGUGCAUCCCUUGCUCUGAUCGGUGGAAAGCUCGACGAAGGGGAUGUCCAAUUGACAGAGGAUCAACUGGAAGAACUUCAGCAGUUCUUUAUCAACUCCUCCUCCCCACCAAUUGAAGAAAAACUUACAGUUACCAUGAGAAGCUCCUUUCAUCUUAUAACAUGCAAUGUAUUCAAUUAAAUGGACUCACGCUAAAUAGGUUACGCGACGACUCUACCCGACGCGAUGGAAUGCAACAAGCCCUGUUGUUCUAUCUCAACCUUUCAAAACUGAAACGGCGACGAAUUCAAGAAUGAAAUAAAUAUAUUGAAAAUGCCUGUCAAAUAACAAAGGAGCUUGGAGGGUUUUUUGUCGAAAAUUGGUGAACUGGAGCGGCAAUUUCGUCAUUUCUUUCGGAGCUGACGAAAAAUUGCAAAUACUGAUGUAUGUCGAUCGUUCGUCCAUACAGAGUCCUGCCGUUAGGAUUCACCAUAUUUUGGGAAAGACUUUUUGGUUGUGCUUGUCAUGAAGAACAUUUUGCAAUAAAUUUUCUAUA